AUGUCCUAUCAACGACGAGAUUAUUCCCUCGUUACUGGGCCACUCGGCCACAUCAAGGGCCUAACAAUCUCUACCAACGACACACCAGCAGUCCACUACUUUGGUGGUCUUCCCUACGCACUCCCACCAACAGGCCAGUGGCGAUUCCGUUCUCCUCGCAAGCUGCCCGCAGGCUACACAUACGACACAGCUUCCCAUCCUGGCCAAUUUACGAAAGGAACAUGGGUCUGUCCUCAACCAGACAGCAGCAUCCCUCCAGAUCCCGCAGAUGUAGGCGAGGACUGUCUUCAGCUGAAUAUCUGGAUUCCAGCUCGUCCUGCGCCUAAAGAGGGAUGGCCUGUGUGUUUUUAUAUUCACGGUGGAUUUCUCCAGGUUGGCAACGCCAAUACACAACCUGAGGCUCUGGUGCCGCUGCUGAGUGAAACUGCGUUUGGUGCUAUUAUGGUACAGCCGUCAUACAGACUUAAUGCACUUGGCUUCCUAGCUGGAAAAGAGCUAGCAGCCGAAGCAAGUGCCCACGGAGAUACAACGGGCAAUAUGGGUAUGUGGGAUCAGAGAGCGGCUCUGGAAUGGACAUUUGAGAACAUUAAGAAUUUUGGUGGCAACCCAGCCAACAUCACCGUCGCCGGCUACUCGGCCGGAGCAUACUCAACUUUCCAGCAGCUGGCUCACGAAUUGUUCUGCGAAUCAGACAAACCCGCAAUCAUCCGACGUAUCGCAAUGUUUUCCAACGGACCCGGUACCGAACCCAAAGCUCUACACGAAGUUCAACCACAGUUUGAGGAGUUCAUCACUAGGCUUGGCAUUCCCUUGGAUGAUAAGGAUGAUGUGAAGCUGGCCAAGCUACGUGCGCUACCUUAUGAAAAGUUGAUCGAGGUACAGAGCGAAAUGAAGAUAUCAGAAUUCCGGGUUCUGGUCGAUGGUCAUUUUUAUCCUUCUUCGCUUAUUGAUAAGGUCAACAAUGGAGAAUUUGCCAAGCAAAUGAAGAGUCGUGGCAUCAAGCUUCUGAAUGGCGAGUGUCAGGAGGAACACACUAUGUACCGUCGUUGGCGUACACCAACAGAAUCAUACGCUUCUGUUCACCAGCGACUGUCAUCGGACUUUUCACCCAAGGUCACUGAAACACUGAUGAGUCACUACUGCGGUGCUGGUAAGGAAUUGCCGGCAGGAAACAAAACUUGGCGCGAGUUCUUUGGUCGUCUCUACGCCAAUGUCCAAGUACAUCUCCUCGAGCGUGGUUUCCACAACGCCCUUGUUCAAGGUGGCCUUGAAGGUGGUAAGGAUAUCCUACGGUAUCGCAUUGAGAGACGUCUUGAGUGUGUUGAAGAAAAGAUACCUUCUCACCUUGGUGUCACGCAUCUGACUGAUAUCCCUAUAUGGUUGUGGGGUACUGGGUAUGAAGCGGGCUUGACUGAAGAGGAGAAGGGAAUGUUGAAAGGGUGGAAUGAAGGAUUCGCUCAAUUUGUGAAUGGGGACGAUGUCAAUUGGGGGCCGGUUGACGUGAAUCAAAUGAAGCGAUGGAGGAGUGAUGGUGAGACAGAUGUUGUCAAAGAUGAUUUGUGGGAGGAUGGUGUUGCCUUUUGGCAGCUCAUCAACUCAAGUUAA